CCGUUAGGCAACCAACCGAUGUGUCUGGUGAUCGUCUGCCGACUGGAAUCGAGUCGUCGAUCACUAAUUUCCGAUCGAGUUCCGAAUCGAUUCAGUCCGCCGUUUGCAGUGCUCGAGUGCGCGUGCCAACUCGGAGCUCAGACUUGCCAAUAACCCCAAAAUCCCAUCACGCCGGUCCUCUGGAAGAUCGCUUUUCAAGAUCGCCGAGGAGAUUCCACCGCUCCUUACUCAUCGUAUUCCACCGCCCUAACUCUCUCCACCUAUCUCUCUUCGCGCAACUCGUGUGGGUCAUAAACAUAACUCAAAAGCGCUGCUGAAGUCAGUAGCCGGCUACACGCGACUCGGUUCGGAAGUCUCCGCUCCUAACAAUCGCCAAUUCCAACCAAAAAAAAGGAAAAAAAAUAACCAAAACUCGAUAAGGGAGUACAUAAAAUACAAAAUUAAUAUAAAACAAGUUAAAUUAAUACCAAAACCAAUAAAAAACAUAUGAAAUGCAACUUUUCGACGACUUUUGCAAAAGCUUUAACAAGGAAUUGCAACGGGCCAAUUUUGGUUUCGCAUACAACCGCGUUCAUUUGUUCUACAGAUCUCAGUGGCAAAAGGAUGAGAUCAACACAAUAUACCUGCUGUACCGUUGGCUAUGGGCCUUCUUUUUCCUGGGCGUGUAUAUCAUGUGCAUAAUAGUUCAGUUUUGCGACGGAAAGUUCUUUAUCUACAUGACCAACUGGGGAUUCGGGCUGUGCACGAUCACCAUGCUGAUUUCCGCCGUACAGGUCACCUGCUGGCACUUCGAUCUGAGGAAUACCCGGAGUCUGGUGCAGGAAUCCGCCCACAAGACCGAGACCUCGAGGGGGCUGAAAAUAUACUGGUGGCUAUAUAAUAUGACCCUGUCACUGGCGCUGAUCAUAUCAACAGUCUACUGGGUGUUCCUCCAUGGAAAAAUGAAUAAACCCAUGCGAUACCCAGCUAUAAGCAUAAUUACCCACGGACUAAAUUCUGUGAUGAUGAUGAUCGAUUUCUUUGUCGUUGCAUUUCCGCUUAGGAUCUUGCAUAUGGUUUACGGCAUGAGUCUGGCGAUUUUCUUCUUCAUUUUCACUUUCGUCUACCACUUAUGCGGGGGUACAGAUGAAUUUGGCAAUGCCUAUGUGUAUCCCAUUCUGGAUUGGAACAAUCCCAACCGCUGUUUGGUGACAUUUGUGGGCAUCUUUUUGCUCAUAAUGUGCUACUGGAUGCUGCUCUUCGGACUUUACAAGCUGAAGAGAAUGUUCAACAGGGCAUUCAGUGUGGUUUGGACUCCCCAUGCAGUGGGUCUGAUAUGAGGGAUUUAAAAUAGAUGAAAUAGACACCACUGACACCCAUGUAAUGUCACCUCAUUGGCACCCGCACAAAUACCAAGUUCUAUUAGCAUCGCCAGCAUUAUGUAAGUUCCAUUUAGAACCCAUCCUACAUCACAUUCGCAUGCAUUUAUUUAUAACUAUUUUCUGCUAUUGUAAGUUUUAAUCUUCUGGUUCCUUAACUUUGAAUUGGUUUAGUUAGGUAUAAUAAGAAAUUAUUUUGUUACUACAUAUAUGGAUUAAACAUUACUAUGAAACUUGUUGAAAUACUCUAAUUGAUGUUAUCGUAUUUUAGUGACAUUCAAGAGAACUAUGGAAUUGUAUAAAUAUAUACCGAAAAUCGGAAUAAAAGAAAGUGUAUAUAUAUAUAUAAAUUAUGAAUUUAUUAAUAAAAGUUAUAGUUAAUUAGAGGUUUGAAAAUCAUGGGAAAACAUUGAAAAAAAAUUAAAAUUACUCUAACUUAAUAUUUAAGAUAUUGUUGUUGUAUGUUUUCUGUCAUAAUCUAUCGAACACAACCAGGGAUAUAUUAUAAUUUUAACAAUUUGUUAAGUACCUAUCUUAAAUCUUAGUCUUUUGAUUUAUUCAAAAUAGAACAAAACCCGUAAAGGUUACUUAAAUUUUUAGUGUACGGUAUCAAGUUCAAUGACACAAAGAAUUAGGUAACCAGAAGAAAUACAUUUUUGCUCACUUUCUUAACCCAGUUCCAAGAUUUUUGAUGUUCUUGAAUAAAACGAUGACUAAGCAUUUUUCUUGUGACGUUGCAGUUAGAUUACAAAUCCAGUGUUUACACAGAAAAAACCGAGUUAAGUUCUUGGUUUAAAUUACGAAAUUUGCCACUGUUAUUAAGACAUUAAUAAGCGAGAAGUUGCCUUCUCUCUUUUACCAAACUGUACCCGCAGGUAAAAUCUUCUACUUUUGUUUGCCUGCAAACAUUUGCCAAAUAAAAGCACACAAAAACUCACAAAA